AUGUCUAACUCGAAUUCUUCAUCACAAUUCUACACUGUUGAAGUUGGAGAUUCAUCAUUUACAAUUCUUAAAAGAUACCAGAAUAUAAAACCCAUUGGGUCUGGGGCACAAGGAAUAGUAUGUGCUGCUUUUGAUACAGUCACAUCAGAAAAUGUUGCAAUAAAAAAGUUAAGUCGUCCAUUUCAAAAUGUGACCCAUGCCAAACGAGCAUACAGGGAGUUUGUCCUCAUGAAACUUGUCAACCACAAAAAUAUCAUCGGCCUAUUGAAUGCUUUUACUCCUCAAAAGUCGUUUGAAGAAUUCCAAGAUGUAUAUCUCGUAAUGGAACUGAUGGAUGCCAACUUAUGCCAAGUGAUCCAAAUGGAUCUUGACCACGAGCGUAUGUCAUAUCUUCUCUACCAAAUGCUUUGUGGCAUAAAACAUCUCCACUCUGCUGGAAUCAUACACAGGGAUUUAAAGCCGUCCAACAUAGUAGUCAAGAGUGAUUGUACGUUGAAGAUCCUAGAUUUUGGCCUGGCACGAACAGCUGGUACGAGUUUUAUGAUGACUCCGUACGUGGUCACCAGGUACUACAGGGCUCCUGAGGUCAUUCUGGGCAUGGGCUACACAGAUAAUGUGGACAUAUGGUCAGUUGGUUGCAUCAUGGGCGAGAUGAUUCGAGGAGCUGUCAUGUUUCCAGGAACAGAUCACAUUGACCAAUGGAACAAGAUUAUAGAGCAGCUAGGCACGCCCUCGGCUGACUUCAUGCAGAGACUGCAACCUACCGUGAGGAACUACGUGGAGAACCGACCAAGAUACAAUGGAUACACCUUCGAUAAGCUCUUUCCAGACGUAUACUUUCCUCCUGACAGCACGGAGCACAGUGGUUUGAAGGCAGGCAUGGCAAGAGAUCUGUUGCAAAAGAUGCUGGUCAUUGAUCCUGAAAGAAGAAUAAGCGUUGAUGAUGCUCUCAUGCAUGCUUACAUAAAUGUCUGGUUUGACGAAAGUGAAGUCAACGGACCCCCUCCUGCUCAAUACGAUCAUUCAGUAGAUGAUCGUGAACAUACUGUAGCACAAUGGAAACAACUAAUAUACAGAGAAGUUGUCGAAUAUUCCUCUCCAGUUCGACACAAUAGCUUACAACAACAAAACAACAACAACGCUCCCUCUAUGCAAAACCAUGCCUCAUCUGGUUCGCUAACUUGCUAUUCGUUUUUUUUUUCAUUACUUAAUAUGAGUUCGGUUAACUUUAUAAAUGACAUGAUGCGAACGAACAUCGCGCCAUCUUAUAUUUUGUCACAUUUUGUUCAUUUUGUCAUCUCUGUUAGACUGGGCGGUGUAGUGUAG